AUGAGAACUGCAACGACAUCAACAUCAACAACGGCUACAACGUCAACAACGACAACCACAACGACGACAACAACGACCACUACAACUACGACAACCACAACCACCAGCACUACCACAACGACAACAAAAACAAUCAAGUUUCCUCAUGCGCACGUUUAUAAAAGUUCGGCAUCAUGUACGAUGCUAGGUAUUGACAUCAAAUCAUUUCGCUGA